GCUAAUAUUAAAUAAAGAGUGUUAUAGUUAUGCACAUUUUUAGUAUAAUUUCUCUUUGUUACAGAUUAACCGGAAGGCGGAGUGUUACAAAACUAUGAAUAAGUGAUUUUUUAACAUACAGAAACCCAUUGACAAUAAUUCAAGCCAAUACCUGAAUGUAGCAACAAAGCACAUUUAAUAUAUCAUAAAACCAUAUUUUCAUAAAGAAAUAAAUUAACAGAGUAACAAUAUAUAUUUUUUUACGAAAAGAAUAUUGAAUUGCUAUAACAAUGAGUUUUGAUUCCACAUCAUCAAAGAAGUUAAACUUCGAUAAGGCGAACAACUUUAUGCGUCAAUUCAGAGACCCUGACUCUAGAGAGUUGAAGAAGCUUUCCGCAAACCAAUUUAUGGAGGUCUGGAGUCAUUACGACAGGGAUGGUAACGGCUACAUCGAGGGAACUGAACUGGAUGGUUUCUUGAAGGAGUUUGUCUCAAGUGCCAACUUCAUCGACGUCAGCCCUGAUGCUGUGUCAGACUCUAUGCUGGUGGAAUUGAAAGCAUGUUUCAUGGAGGCAUACGAUGACAACCAGGACGGUAAAAUUGAUAUACGAGAGCUGGCCCAAUUACUACCUAUGGAGGAAAACUUCUUGCUAUUGUUCAGGUUUGAUAACCCUCUAGAAUCCAGUGUGGAGUUUAUGAAGAUUUGGCGCGAGUACGACACGGACGGCAGUGGAUAUAUCGAAGCUGAUGAACUAAAGAACUUUCUUAGAGAUUUGUUGAAAGAAGCGAAGAAAAUCAACGACGUGUCGGAAGAUAAACUCAUCGAAUAUACAGACACAAUGCUCCAAGUGUUCGACUCAAACAAGGAUGGUAGACUACAGCUCUCGGAAAUGGCAAAGUUACUGCCGGUCAAAGAAAAUUUCCUGUGCAGACAAGUUUUCAAGGGAGCUACUAAAUUAACAAAAGACGACAUCGAAAGAGUUUUCUCAUUAUACGAUAGGGAUAAUAACGGCUCAAUAGAAAACGAAGAAUUACGUGGAUUUCUAAAGGAUUUACUCGAGCUUGUGAAAAAGGAUUACGACGCUCAAGAUCUUCUCGAAUUUGAGGAGACGAUACUCCAGGGUGUGGAGUACAGCAGCGAUGGUAAGAUCAGCAGGAAGCAGCUCACAAUGAUACUCCUCGCUCUCGCCAAGCACAACCAGGAGGAGGAACCCUCCACGCCGUAAGAAAUACAAACAGCAUACAAUACUCCGUCCUCCACUCGCGAUUUACAUAUGACGGUUGGAUCUAGGGACCUAGUACGAAAAGUGAGAAAGUCUUCGAAACGUCAUUAAAUUUCGUAAUAGAUGUGAAGAUUUUAUAUUGUGUAAAGUAUCGACAAAUCUUAUAUUUAGUCGAUGAUGUUAAGAAUGCUUUCUCCUUUUCGUGCUAGCUCCAUAUUAUGCAGAACGAAUCAAAGUAUUAAAAAAAAAAACCUAAAUAACACUGGCAAUGUGCAAUGUAAUGUCAACUCGUGUAAAAUUGUUUUUUUAUUAAACAGUGAAUCGUUUUGUAUAAUAAUAUUAUAGAGUCGAAAUUGAAAUUCUCAUUUUCGAAUUACAAUUAUUUUAUUAACGGCGAAUGUUUAACCUUAGCUUUAUUUGUUAAUGUUAAAAGAAUCAUAUAAAAAAAUCAGAGAACCAUCUGCUUUUUGGAAGUCGUUUAAAUAAAUUACAGAACAUCUAUCUCGAAUGUUUGCGUGAUAAUUACGAAAACGUAUUCGUAGUGUUGUCGACAUUUGUAUAAGAUAUGUUGAUAUUUGUCGCCCUGUAGUGGUACUGUACAAAUCUAAUACGAAUUUUGUCGAUGGUGUUACGUAAACAUUCUCACUAUUAUUCAUGAUAAGCCCUUUAUACUAAUAAAUGAAAACAUAGAAAUGAAACAUGUACCCAUUACCUAAAUGGAUUUAACGCUUAGUUCAGAUGUGAAAAUUCACAGAGAGGGUUUCAUCAGGAAAACAAUAUCAUGUUCAUUUCAGCCAUAAUCAUGAAAAUAGAGAAAUAUAAGUAAAAAUGUUGUAUAAAUGUGUAGAGUAAGAUUUUUUAUAUUGCAAAUGUUAGUACUACAAAAUUAUUAACUGGUAACACCAAUUAUAUUCCAAUUAAAAAAUCAACACCAUAUUAAUGCCAAAUCAAAUGCCAAAUAUUGUUAGAUUAGCUAUUUUAAACCACCGUACAAAAUGAAUGAAUAUC